AGAAGGUGCAUAUUUUACGCACCAAUUAUACCGAGUGUAAUCAAAUCUCUACAUGCCUAUAUCAAAUGCCUUUUAUACCGAGGUUCUUUUGAAUUGACCCAUGAGACUCGGCAAAUCUGCAGCGAGGCAGAUCCUCAACCCUUGAGCUAUCACAACACAUAUUUUCCUUCCUCCUGUGUACUUGUAUCAAAUUAUCCUACCUACGUCAGAUUUCCUCUGUAAAUUCGAAUCACCACACAGGCGACAGCGGUUGUCUGGUCUCCCUACGGUUAACCGGCCUCCCGAAGCUCACCGCCGAACUCGGCGCGUUCAUCAUGUCCCAGACGUUUACAACGAAAGAUGUUGCCGAGCACAAAGACGAGAAGAGCGGCCUGUAUAUAAUUAUCGAUAGUAGCGUUUACGACAUAACGAAUUUCCUUGACGAGCACCCAGGCGGAGCGAAAAUCCUGAAGCGCAUGGCUGGCAAGAAUGCGACGAAACAGUUCUGGAAAUACCACGGCAAGGGUGUCCUCGAGAAAUAUGGCGAUAAGCUGAAGGUUGGAGACUUAGCAGAGACAGCAAAGCUAUAAAUACAAAUGCGAAAAAGGUUGCCUCGAAGAUGCGGUUCCGGCAGCACGGGGGCCUGUGGGCUAUAUAUAACCAGCGACCUCAGGCAGAGAGGGGUUCGGAUAAAUAAGUGACGACAUGCUACCAUGCAUUUUAGAUCGCACAAGAGUGGUAGGGGCUGUUAGCACUCGAUACUGUCUUGGAAAUCAUCGCCGUCCUUACUAGAGCUGUCUUUACGACCCUUUAAUGAUAUAGAUAUCUUCGAUUCCUUUCCCUGCUGGGAUGGUUUAUCUUGUAGUAUCACGUCUCAUCAAACUGCGGACAUAUCCUACUCCA